UUUACUUUAUCUAUCUACCUUUUUUCUUUCUAAAAAUUAUUCACCUCCUAGGGUUCUAGGGUCUUCACUAUUCUUAUUUUUUGAUUUCCAGUUUUACCCUUUCUCGUUUCUACUUCACGGAUUGUGAGCUCUGCACUUGGGCGGCUUAAGUUCUCCGGUUUUUCAGUUACAAGAAUUGUGAAAGAACAUAUUGCCGAAUGAAGUUUGCAUUGUAAUAUGGAAGAAGGACUAGCUGACGAAGUAGCUCCAAUAGAUGGAGCUGAGGGGCCUCACCUUCAGGGCAAAGAGGUUGAGUAUUUGGCGAAACCUGACAGCUGCAGCAUGUUGGAGUCUCAAGAAAUGGUGAUACCGGGUGAGGUUAAUGCUCUUGAGAGCUCUUUCCACGUUCUUGGAGCUGUGUUGGAAGGUAGGAAUGCAUUGGAACAUGGGUGUACUAGCCCUUGCACUCUUGACGAUGCAAAUGACAUGGUUGAAGAGUUAACUGUGAGAAAUUACAAUGGUUCUAACUUACCCAUGGUUGGUACAUCAAAUAAUAGAGAAAGAAUGCAGAUGAGGCAGAACCAUUGGCAAUAUUUUUAUCAUUUGGUAGGUGGAUCAGGAAGUGGGGAUUCAUGUGGCAACGGGGACAAUGGUCAGGCAAUGCCAAGUAUGUCACGGGAUGUAGGAUAUGCAUCUUGUUCUGAAUUUUCAGGUCACAAACCUUUGAGUGAUGGGCGGAAUGAAGCAACAGAACAAUUGAUGAGUGGUGACAAUAAUGAGGUUUCGGGCAGUCUGCUAUCUCAUGGAGGUAUCAAGACGAAGAUUCUAUCAAAAUCCGGAUUUUCUGAAUUUUUUGUUAAAACUACAUUGAAAGGUAAGGGAAUUAUAUGUAGAGGUCCAUCUCAUGGUGUAUCUAGAGUUGAGCCUAGACAUCAGGAUAACACAAAAUCUACUGGGGAAACUAUGGUGUCUCCUAAUCUUCCAGUGAAGGCUGCUGGAAGCCCUGUGGUGGCUUCUAAUACUGAACUGAUCUUGGGUAAUAGAACCGGUAUGACUUCUUCCAAUAGGAUCAUAGGGCUGAAGGCUAGUGAGUGUGAUCAUGAUGGGAUGAACUUGAGAGAAUGGCUGAAAGCUCAGUGUCAUAAAGCAAACAAAGCUGAGCGCUUGUAUGUAUUCAGACAAAUCGUGGACCUGAUUGAUUAUUCUCACUCUCAAGGAGUUAUCUUGCGUGAUUUGCGCCCAUCUUGCUUCAAGUUGUUGCAAGCUAAUCAGGUUAGAUAUAUUGGUUCAGGUGUCCAAAGAGGACUUCUAGAUACCGUCUUGGAUAAAGAUUUCCCCCCUUCAGAGAACUUUCUGAUUAGGAGAAGGCCAAUGGAGCAGGGGCUGAUUUCCUCAGUUGGUAAUUGUGCUAAAAAGCAGAAGUUCAAUGAGAACACAAACUUGACUCGGUGGCCUCUGUGUCAUUCUAGAGCUGGCCUCAAAAUUGAGACAAAAAAUAAUACACAAUUUUCUUACAAUGAAUCUAGUGAGCGUUGUCCAAAUACAGAAUUCAGCAAUUCUGGGAUCCCUCGUGUGUCUGAUACAGCUCAGCAGCAGUCAACCUCUGUGAAUGAGCAGUUGGAAGAAAAGUGGUAUGCAAGUCCAGAGGAACUUAAUGAAGGUGUUUGCACGGUUUCAUCAAAUAUUUACAGUUUGGGUGUGCUGCUCUUUGAGUUGCUUUGUCAUUUUGAAUCUGAUAGAGCGCAUGCUGCAGCAAUGUUAGAUCUACGUCAUAGGAUUUUUCCUCCAACUUUUCUGUCAGAAAAUCUCAAGGAAGCUGGAUUUUGUCUUCGGCUACUUUAUCCAGAACCUUCUUUACGCCCAACAACCAGGGAUGUCCUACAAUCUGAGGUAAUUAAUGGAUUCCAGGAAGUAUUUGCAGAAGAAAUAUCAUCAUUCAUUAACCAAGAUGAUACUGAAACAGAGCUAUUAUCGCAUUUCCUUAGUUUAUUGAAAGAGCAAAAGCAGAAGCAUGCCUCUAAACUAGUAGAAGAUAUUACAUGCUUAGAAGCAGACAUUGAAGAGGUUGAGGGAAGGCACUGUUCUAGAAAACCUUUAACUUAUUCUUCCAUUAAUGCGAGGGAAUAUAGGCACCUUGGUAAAGAACCCUCAAUUUCGGCGGUGCAUUCUAGCAUAUACCCAUUUUCCAGUGCCAAUGAAACAAGGUUAAUGAGAAAUAUUAAUCAGCUUGAAUCUGCUUAUUUCUCUAUGAGAUCGAGAGUCCAGUUUCAUGAUACUGAUUCUAUGACGCGGCUAGAUAAGGAUUUACUAAAACAUCGUGAGAACUGGCAUUUGGCACAAAACUAUGAAGAAAUGCCAAAUCCUACUGAUAGCCUUGGAGCCUUCUUUGAUGGUUUGUGUAAGUAUGCUCGUUAUAGCAAGUUUGAAGUCUGUGGGAUAAUGAGAAGUGGGGACUUCAACGGCUCUGCCAAUGUAAUCUGUUCCUUGAGUUUUGACCGUGAUGAGGAUUACUUUGCUGCCACUGGGGUCUCUAAGAAAAUAAAGAUAUUUGACUUUAAUGCACUCUUUAAUGACUCUGUUGAUAUUCAUUAUCCAGUCAUUGAGAUGUCAAACAAAUCAAAGCUUAGCUGUGUUUGCUGGAAUAACUAUAUCAAGAACUAUCUUGCUUCUACCGACUUUGAUGGUCUGGUUAAGUUAUGGGAUGCAAGCACUGGUCAAGCUAUCUUUCAUUAUCCUGAGCAUCAAAAGAGAGCUUGGUCUGUUGACUUUUCUCAGGUGUGUCCAACAAAAUUAGCUAGUGGCAGUGAUGAUUGUUCUGUGAAACUAUGGAGCAUUAAUGAGAGAAGCUGCUUAGGCACCAUCAGGAACAUUGCAAAUGUCUGCUGUGUUCAGUUUUCUGCUCACUCCACUCAUUUACUGGCAUUUGGAUCUGCGGAUUACAAAACAUAUUGCUAUGAUCUUCGGAAUACCAGAGCCCCAUGGUGUGUUCUUGGCGGUCAUGAUAAAGCUGUGAGCUAUGUGAAAUUCCUGGACUCAGAAACUGUAGUUACUGCUUCCACUGACAACACAUUAAAACUUUGGAACCUCAAUAAAACUAUUAGUGGUGGCCUCUCCUCUAAUGCUUGCAGCUUAACCUUUCGUGGGCAUACUAACAAGAAGAAUUUUGUGGGAUUAUCCGUUGCUGAUGGUUAUCUAGCUUGUGGUUCAGAAACGAAUGAGGUUUAUGCUUACUAUAGAUCUCUGCCUAUGCCAAUUACUUCGCAUAAAUUUGGGUCCAUUGAUCCCGUUUCUGGAAAAGAGACCGAUGAUGACAAUGGGCUGUUUGUAUCAAGUGUUUGCUGGAGAGGGAAAUCAAGCAUGGUUGUUGCAGCAAAUUCUAGUGGAUGUGUUAAAGUGUUGCAGAUGGUUUAAGGAGAAGGUUAAUUGCUGGCAUCAUUUUUGGAACCUGAGGGUCGCCAAGGUUGCUUCUGGAGGCUUAUUCUUCAUUGCAGUGAGCCAGGGUUCAGGCAAAUAUGUAUCAUAAAUGGGACGACGCUGAGUCUGAGUGGCUCAUUAUAAGGCUUUGAUGCGUAGAAUAUACUAUGCAAAGUCAGCCAAAGUGGAGUUGCGGUUCCAUGUUAUAAAAAUUAGCCAGAACUAGAUUCAAGUGAAACUUUUACAGGCCUAAGAAUCCGGAAUAUCAUGAUGCCUCCAGUGUCCCGAGAUAAACUAAUGUAUAAGAGGCAUUCCAUCUCGGUUCUUGGAGCAAAGAUUGUGUGGUAUUUGGAUGGGUCUUAUUUCUAAUAUUGCUCCUUAAAACAGAUGUGCAGUCCUUUUUGUCUUUUCAAUAAAGGACUAGCGUGGUUUGUUUAUAAUAUAGCUUAGAGGUGUUAUAUAUAAUUGAUAAUUUACUCGAUUUUAGGGAAUUCUUUAUUGGGUUGUAACUAAGCAUUCAAUAAUUCUAUGUAACCAUGGUUUUUACCUCUGUAAAUCUACCAAAAUUUGAUGUA